AUGGCCGGCUGCUGCAUAGCCGGCCGGAGCAUCGGCCCCAAUGCCAGCAGGCCCGUGGUCAGCUGCAGCGACGCUGGGGUCACCGCGGCCGAUUGCUGCAUGCUGUCGAUAGGGACGCAGCGAGGCGCCUUCUGCACAGCCAUCACGGCCCGACCGAACCAGGCCCAUCGACUUUGCGGCCCACUAGAGGAGGCCUCCAGUGCCGCAUCCGCCGGUUUGAAUCGCGGCUCGAGACCCGCCGCGAUCAACGGCCGCACCGCCGGCUCCUCGGCUGUCACCGAAGGCGAAGCUGCCGGCGUCGCCUCCACCACCACGCAAGGGCGAGCGGCGGCGGGGAAGAUGACUCUGGAACGAUACAGGACCUGGUCGAUCUCCCGUGAUCGUAUGCUGUUGUCGCUAGGGACGCAGCGAGGCGCCUUCUGCACAGCCAUCACGACCCGACCGAACCAGGCCCAUCGACUUUGCGGCCCACUAGAGCAGGCCUCCAGUGCCUCAUCCGCCGGUUUGAAUCGCGGCUCGAGACCCGCCGCGAUCAACGGCCGCACCGCCGGCCCCUCGGCCGUCACCGAAGGCGAGGCUGCCGGCGUCGCCUCCACCACCACGCGACUCAGCGUCGGAGACGCCCCAAGCACCACGGAGGUAGCAGACCCCAACGAAGGAUCCACCGGCGUGAUCGCCGCCGGCCGACGUGCCGUGGCUGCAGCGAGGAAGUCUCCAAAGACAGGCGCCGGCGUGACUCGACGACGCGGAAGCGGGCCUCUCCAGGGCUUCAUCCGCGGCAUCCGAGAAAGCCGCAGGCCUACCGGCGACGAGGACGCCGCCCUCAUCACAGACCUCUUGACCUUCUCCCUCGGCGGCGGCGACGCAGACCUUGCUCGCUCCGACAACCUGCACGACGAAAAACGUACCUCCGGUGACGCAGACCUUGACCAUUCCCUGGACUCAGACGUCGGGAAUCCGAUCUUUGUCCAGAAGUCUUCUCUCACCUCCUCUAGGGACAAUUCCGGCAACCGCCCGACCUGCUGCACUGCUGGUUCAAACCCAAGCACCGACCAUGCCGCCUCCUCCGCCGUCUCCCGCGUCUUCUCGUCAGAAUCCUCGUCCUCCGCUAGGCAGCAGAAUCUGGAUCCAACGGUUGGCCGCGCCGGCGAGGGAGGAGCCGAUGCGCCGGCGGCACGCGCAUGA